AUGAAGCGCGAAUCAUUAUCAUCCUGUUCGGCGUUGACACAGAGACAACGGGGCGACGAUGAUUGGAUCAAGCAAUGGAAUUCAACUCCACAGCAACUUGAUGAUCGAACCAUACACGACUGCAUUAGCCAAGUAGCAUCACAAAGUCCGGAAAGAAUAGCGAUUGAGGCGCACGAUGGGCGCUUCACUCGCGGCCAAUUGCAACAGCAAGCAGAAGCAAUGGCGCUUCGCUUACUCCAAGCAGGAGUUGUUCCGAAUGGAGUCAUAGCGAUUGUCAUGGACAAGUCACAAUGGUAUGCUUCCUACAGUUUUGUCGUCUCGAUCCUUGAUAUGAUCUCUACGCUACUAGUAGGUGGCAUAGUGUGCAUCCCAGGUACGUAUGAACGUGCCAACGACUUGGACGGGGCGAUUCGGCGAUUCGCCCCUGAUUAUCUCUGUGUCACCCCUUCGGUGGCCAAACUCCUGGAGCCUGAGAACUUCCCAAGCCUAAAGACACUAUCCCUUGUUGGAGAACCUAUCCCAAAUGCUCUAGUUCAAAAGUGGUUGGGUGCCACCCAGACUAGACUUCUCAACGGAUAUGGUCAGAGUGAAGCCUGUAGUAUGAAUAGUGUGGCAGAACUGACUCGAGAUCCACGCUCGCACAGCAGCAUUGGUCGAAGCACUUGGCUAAGAUAUUGGGUCGUCGAUCCAUCAGAUCAUGAUAGACUCAUGCCAAUUGGAGCCGUUGGCGAAUUGGUGGUUGAAGGCCGUAGUAUAGCACUAGGCUACCACGAUGAACCUGAGAAGACGGCAAAAGCUUUCAUCAAGAUGCCUCGUUGGUCAGAUGACUUUAACAUACCUAAGGAUCAUCGUUGUUUUUCUCCGAGAUCAAAUGAAAGCUCGGCACGCAAAGCAGGGUUCGAACUCAGUACAGCAAACAUCAUGUCUGGACUGACCCUGCUUGACGCGAGCCAUCAACGCCGGCAGAAUCACCUGGAGCUGGAGGAGCAUCCCGAUCAGGAGCACCUCCGCCAUCAAGGUGAUGUAAAACUAUACCCAUUGACGGAUUUCCAAGUGGCCUAUUCUCCUACUGCCGAACACAAGUUUAGGGUGUGGGAAUAUCGGAUCUCCUUGCGUGGCGACUUCGGAUUGGACAGACUACGAACAGCCCUGGAAAGCCUCAUUCGAGGAACAGAAUCUCUGCACACCUCCAUCGUGGAAGACGCAACCGGGACGCUCAAACAGGAAAUCCUGCCAGUCGAAAGUGAAGUAUGGAAGGGCAGAAUUCGCGAAGAAUCGAACACAUCCGGCCACAAUUUCCUUACAACUCCCGUCCUAUUUUUGAUGCCCGAUCAGGUCGACGCAUCCGCCAGGGAGCUGACGUUCUCAAUACAUAUCGGCCACAUAAUAUUCGACGGCAUCUCGUGGGAUCUUAUACUGAAGGAUAUCGCUUCGGCCUACGCCCAUGACGGUGUGAUCAGCACUCGACCCUCUUUUACGGGCUACCUUCAAUCGCGACUGCUCCAGCGCAGCCCCGAGUCUUUUGAAUACUGGCGGAAUCUCCUCCAGGGCUCGUCGCCCAGCCCAUGCAUCCCACUAAAGUCACCGAGUGCAAGACCGGAUCCGAACAACAUCGAACCUUUCUCCGACGAGCACAUCUUUGACCGGAUCUUGAACAUUUCGUCCGAUGAAACUCAGCUCCAUUACCCAGCAUCUGUCGUAUGCCAAGUCGCAUGGGCCAUCACUCUCAGCUGCGUCACACGACAUCCCGAUGUCAUUUUCGGCUACCUCUUUCACGGCCGCGACGAGAAUAUAACGGCGUCGGAGCAAAUCAUAGGUUGCUGCACAACUAUUGUACCGGCACGCAUCCAGCUGGAUGAGACUAUGACGAGCGUAUCUCUCCUCGAUCAUGUUCAAAAGCAGGUUCACUCGAGCUCAAUACACAGCCAUCUGGGCUCUCACACGAUCGCUCAAUCAUGUACCGACUGGCCCCGGAGCGAAGAAUGGUACUAUCACCGCUUCGCCCUCCUCCACCAGAAUGUUCCCGAGCCCGUGUCCCUCCCCGUCGGCGAUCUGGGAUACAUGCAUAUCAAGAAUGUGACAACGAAUCGCCGUUACCCCUCAGAAUUCCACAUCACCACGGUCGCGGCGGGCUCGAAUAUACUACUUUUCAAACUUCGGGUUCGGAAAGACCUCUAUCGUCACGAAGACGGGAGUGCGGUGGCUGAUGCAUUUUCCUUGGCAGUGAAGAUGGUCGUCGCUGGGACGUCGACGGUCGGCCAGAUUCGCGACGCGCUUCUCACAAAACAUCCGAUUCCGAGGAUGUGGGUCGAGCCCUUGAUCUCGCAUUAG